AGCCGUUUUGUCUCGAACCUUGCCUCGGCUCCCAGCUCCUGGCUCCCCCAGGCGCCUCCAUAUCACCCACCGUAUCUAUUGUGCAUCGCGAGACAGCCCAGCGGAGAUGAUCUCCCUCGUCGGACUGGGCUACGCAGGCUUUGCGGCCGUUUGCUUCGGAGUGCAAUAUGUUCCUGUCAAGGACAACGAGAUUCACGACGGCACCCUUUUCCAGUGGUACAUGUGCAAUGGCAUUCUCAUGGUCGGAUUCGUGGUUGCCAUCAUCGCUGGCCAGCUCCACAUGGGCGACGACUUGCUCAUUGUCCUCGGCGGCGUGUACUGGGGUCUGUCCAACUACCUGGUGCUCCCAUGCGUGAAGCUUCUAGGAUUGGGCCUCGGCUUCUCAUUGUACCACUUCGUGAAUCUCAUGGUGACCUACUGCAUCGGGCGCUUCGGGCUGGCUGGCAUGCCCAAGAUGGUGGGCAACAUGGCCGUGUGCGACGCUGGCUGCCUGAUGAUCCUCAUCUCCUUCGCCAUCAUGCUCUCGAUCGAGGAGGACACCCAUGGCAAAAAGGACGAGGCGAAGGAGCCCGAGAGCGUCGCGAAGGUGCGGGACCAGUACCGCGACUGGCGGGAACAGAAGUGCGACAGCGCGGCCCAGGACCAGAAGGGUCGGGCGCCCCAGGAGCAGGACCGUCGCCUUUCAGCUGUCCAACGUUCUCACCGACAUCUCCUUCGGCGAGAAGGGCACGCACCGCCUGUCGGUGGGCGGCUUCUCGGUGCACGGCGCGCCGCACGUGGAGCUGCAGAUCCGGGAGGAGGCGGUCCUCGCGGGCGCCGACCCGCUCCCGGACGAGGUCGGCAAGGCCACCGAGGAGAGACGCCCCUGCUGCCAGGGCACAAGAGCGGGAACGACGCCGGCGGGCGGACCCUCACGUCGGCGGAGGCGGGGCUCUCGUCCGCGAGGUGCCGCGCGUCGACGAUGCCGCCCCGGAGGGCCCGGCUGAUGACCAUGAAGAGCCUGUCCAGCGAGGACUCGCCGAGGUCGCGGUUCCUCCUGCGGCUCGGCGGCAUCUUCCUGGCCAUCUGCGCCGGCGGCCUCUGCGGCAUCCAGGGCGUGCCCGGGGCCCUGCACGUCCAGAAGUACCCAGAUCAGCCCGCCAUCGCUGUGGUGUUCCCGCAGUGCGUGGGGAUCUGGGUCGCGUCGAGCGCCAUCUACCUCGCCUACUCCACGUUUGCCGAUUGGCAGGGGUGGGAGGUGCACAACUCGGUGAUCCGGCCUGCGUACUUCAGCGGCUGCAUCUGGACUGCGGGCUUUGUGUUCCUCACGCUGGGGGUGAAGCAGCUUGGCUUCUCCAUCUGCUACACGAUCGACGCCGUGUUUUUUCCUGCUUCUGCCAUCGCCAUCGCGGGACUCCUCUCCGUGUUCGUUUUCAAGGAGAUCCAGGGCACCAGGUCCCUGCUGCUCUUCGCGUGCGCCUUCGUGCUGCAGGGCACGGGCGUGUCCCUCAUCGCCUUCUUCGGCAGCGGGGGCGCGUGAGCGGCCGUCGGCAUCGGCCCGCGCGUGCACGGUCUGGACCAGCAGGGUCACCGUUCACACUUGGCUGCCUCGCUGCCCUGACUCUCGGAUCGGCUGCCCUUCUGGUGCCGCCGCGGUGCCUCGUGUGCCCAGCUCUCGGGGUCCGUGCUGCCAGCGCGCGGCGCCGCGUGGUGCCGUGCCCGCCGAUCUUCUUGAGUCCGUCGCCCCUGUUGGUGCCGUGCGGUGCCAGCUGCGCCCCCGCAUCUCGCAGCCAUCACCCGUCCUGUGCUGUGUGGUGCGGCGUGCUCUCGUCUCCAGCCAUCGGAUCCGCUGCCCGCGCGUGAUGCGGUGAGGAGCUCUGGGGUGCCUCGUGUUGCUGUGUCGCCUGUCUCCCGAAUUAAAGCUGUGCGUAGCCCGCCUAGCUUUUAGCGGAAGAGGUUCGCUCUCGCCCCGCCGACCAAACAACAAAAAAACAAGUGUUGCUGUGUCGCCUCUCUGCGGCCGCUCCUCUUCCGCUCAUCGGGCUCACCUGCGCUUUCAUGUGACCCAGCCCCUGCUACGACCGCCUCGCGCGUCCGCCGAGUCCGAGGCAA